GUAGUCGCUUUGGCGUUGCUUGUAUUUCUUGGAUUCACCACUAGAUGGAGUACCCGACCACUCCACGAAUCGUCGUAGAGUCUGUUGUAAAACUAAAGAACACUUUCGGCAAAAUUGGAGUGGGAGAAAUAUGAAACCAAUUAAAAUGCAACAAAUAAUGUGACACAUACUCCCACAUGACACUUCUAUCUUUCAGUUGGUUCACGGUUUCCCCACUACCUUUAUUUAAAACACUUGUGAAUACCAUUGAUCUCAAAUGGACUACUCAGUUGUGAUACCCGUUAAUUCCUCUAUAGAGAGCGUUGGUCAUUGUAUCACAGACUGCUGACUGUGCCUGAGGUGGGCAAGUUGCUAAUAGUUCUCGGCGAUCUUGUGCGUCAUAGUCCAAGAGUUGGUGAGGUUCUUGAGCUGAAAGUAAACUUUGCUUUUAUAAUACAAUUUUUGUGUAAUAUCGUCUAUCUCUCUUCGUAACAAUGGCCACUGAAACGAAGCUUUUUACUCGCGAGGAAGUUAAAUCGAAGAAUGAUAGCAAAACUGCGUGGAUUAUUAUCCAUAAUUCGGUGUACAAUGUUACUGAAUUUCUGAACGAGCAUCCUGGAGGUGAAGAAGUAUUACUGGAACAAGCUGGCAAGGAUGGCACAGAAGCUUUUGAAGAUGUGGGUCAUUCUUCUGAUGCCAGAGAUAUGAUGAAGAAGUACAAGAUAGGUGAACUAGUGGAGGCGGACCGUAUUGAGACACAAGAAAAGCCAUCAGUAAACUGGGCCGCAGAUAAUAACGAUAACAAUGGAAGCUCUUGGAAGUCUUGGAUCAUUCCUGUUGCUCUGGGUGUUGUAGCGACAAUCAUUUAUAGAUUUUAUUUUUUGGCUCAGGGCCACUAAAAACUAAACCUCAGUAACAGCUUAUGUGUAUUUUACCAAGACCAUGUAAAGAAGACUGUGAGAAAAUCUUGUUACAGUAGUCUUUGGAAUCCUCUGGAGAAGAUAUGUGGAUUUUGACAGAACGUAUGAAAAGAAAGUCCUGUUAUAAAUGCUUAUCAUUUGGAUGUAAAAAAACUGAAAAUGUUGUGUCAAAUAAUUUAUCUACUGGGUAUCUGCAGGUUGUGUAAUUGAAGAAAUCCUUUGACAUGUGUUUCAUAUUUCUGUACUAUUCUGAAAGCAAGCCACAGAAGUGAACACAAUUUUGUUAUAUGUGCCUGUACCUAAUGGGUUCAUACUUUGUUAGUUAUGUUGCUGUUUGUGUCACGGUUCAUUAUUAGUGCAUUCUGAGAUAUAUAUAUUUGUUUUUAAAUAGUAUUCACUUAGUAUUUCCUUCACUUUUGUAGUUUUUUAGCAGAAUGAGAAUCUGUUUUCUGUGAAAAUGUACACAAUGUAUACAUGUACCAUAGCGUAUAUCAUUAAGAAAAAGUAUUUCUGAAUGUGCUGUGUAAUUACAUAUUGAAAAUGGGUAGCUUUACUGCAUGAAGACAGCUGUUCCCUGCAAGUUUUGUCACUGGCUCAUUCUCCCUAUUCUGCUAAGUGUUGCUUUGUAACAUUCCAAACCGAUGCCGUUUCCUAAGGCCAGUUGAGGCUGCUCCAAUUAUUGGUUUCAGUGUGUAGUUGCUUUAAGUGUUCCACUAUUGAUGUGAGACCUCUAUAAUUGUUCACCAAAAUUAUUUUGGAAUAUAUUUUGCAGAGGACAAUUCUAUGACCAUGUAAGAUAAACGUCGAGCAAAAUUUCUAUUUAUUGAAUUGUUAAGUGAUGUGAGGAAAGUCAUGCACAUAUUCACUUCUGCAAAAACAGAUUGUGUUUGUAAUAGCUGUGGCCUGGCUUGGAAUAAUUUUUGUAUUGUAUUGAAAGUACCAUUGAUAAUUAAGACAUUUGUAACAAAGUGGUUCAGUGUAUUUUUGAGAAUGAUUUAGGAUAAUUGAAUGAAACUUCGUUGCAUUUUUGUCACAAAAUGUAAUUGUUAGGAAAUAUUGUGAAAGGCAUUUUACAGAAAUAUAUUGGGUAACUGUUUGUGAGCUUGAUCAUUUAUGUACAUUCCUUCAUUCUGUAUUACAUUGCAAGACAUAUUUUAUUGGAAAAUAGCACUGGUAUUAAGAAACAUUUGAAUAUUGCUAAGAUUGAAGAUAGCAGAAGGUCAACGAAAAUGUGUCAAUUCACAUAAUCAUCCUUCCAUGGAAGUCACUUCAGUGCUUUGACACAACCUGUGUAUUAACUAACCAUUUUAGAAUUCUUGCUGUGUUGCUUUUUAUUUCACUAAAUGUCUGAAGAUCAUACUUGAAUUUUCUCCUGUUUUCCAAAAUAAGACAAACUAAUUAUAACAAAUAAGAUAUCUAUUUUUGCUUAAUCUAUAUGAAUCUAAUAGUUAAAUCACAAAAUCCUUUGCCCUUGAUAAGUACAUUGCUUAUUUUUAAUAAUUGCUUCUAAAUUUUAAAUGAAUGAUAAGACCUUUUAAAUGUCACAAAUUAGGAAUUUGAUGUUAAGACCCCUAAAUUGUGUAGAAAGAAGAAGAAUAGUAAUAAAAUUUCUAGGGUUGUUUUGUUUUAUAAAAUAUAUACGAGAAAAAUGUUUUUAGUGGUAUAUCUUUAUCAGGGCAAACCUCCAGGGCAUGGCCAGUUGGUGCUGCAUAGAGCAGUGUGCAAU